AUGGCUCCAUAUCGGACGAAACACUCAAAGGAUGGCAAUGCGCUAUUUGCCAAGUUACCUCCAGAGAUCCGCUGCAAGAUAUGGUCUCUUCUAGUCGUGAAGCCGAAUGGUUCAGUCUUUCCAGUGCACAUUCCAACGUAUUCGGCAACGGAGACUUUCGUCUGCAUGGACUGGACGCACAAGGCGACCAACGUGACGCUCCAACUGGAGGCCAUCAUGCAGACUUGCAAGCUAUUCUAUAAAGACCAGGAGACUCAUAUGCUCUUCUACAAGCUCAAUCGUUUCCAAUUCCGCGGGAGCCGCGACUGUCUCACGUAUGUCGCAUCGAUUACUCCCUCUCGACGACAAGCAAUCCGCAGCAUUACCAUCUCCAUGCAUCCCAUGCCUUAUAAACUGGAUGGCGCCAAAGGCAAGAAGCCGAGCGAACGUCUCCUCGCCAUUGCCUCACUCUGCCCAGGCCUGCAGGUCUUCAAGAACCACAACCUCUUCUUUCAAGCAGACUCACUGACAGACUGGGCCUCUGUGCUCUCCCGAUUCCUUGAGGCUUUUGUGUCCCAACUACCGCUGCUCAAGGAAAUAUCGUUCCGCGGUGGAAAAGGGGGCCGCGCGGUAGUUUCCGGCUCCUUGGCAGAGAGCCCAGAAUUCUAUUGGGAAACAUUGGAUCAGUUCGCGCACAGCUGGAGGAGAGAAAGCGUAUCCUUCAGCAUACGCGGUGAAGAGGCGCUGACCGCAGUAUGGAAUCUGCUACGCGAUCGAAAGAGAGCGGUUAGUUUGCCAUUGCACAAGAGUCACCUCAGAGCUGCCAUUGGAAGCACGCCCAUCCUAACGCUUGGUGAAAAUCGCGGCAUGCCUUGUGAAAGCAACAGAGGGAUCAAACAUAAAGAUGACGGCAUCUCAAGGGUACCCGUCAACAUAUUUGGUAGAGGAAUUUCGAUAAGGGGAUUUCGGAUCCCUUGUGAUACGCGCUCCCCUCGGCUGUACAUUGGCAAAACAUGGUACGACUGGGAUUCAAUUUUCCAUUCAAAAAGAAUUUCUGAGGCUGAGAGCAAACGCUUCUUGGAUGAGGUCCUGAUAAUGUUUGCCAAGAGAUAUAGACCGUGGGCGUGCGGCAAGCGUGCGAGCAAAGGGAGACGUCAUGGGAAUAGGAGAGCCCAGCAGAUGAUCAACGCCAUAUGGGAGCUGAAUUGGCAGGACAGGGAAGCCAAACUGAAGGUAUUGAAGAGGCUAUAUAAGGCGUCACGCACUGGAUGGCGUGGACGUGGAUAUUACAUUUGA